ACACCUAAGGCUGAGACCAGGGGAACUGUUAUAACUGAUGACCCUUGGGGCUGAUGGGCACCCAGGGGUCUCUCUAUCAUUAACCCCAUGGGAGUGUUUGGGUGUCCUCAGAGGACAGGGAAGAGACUCUAACUCUGAGAGUCCUAUUCUAGUACAGAUCCUAUUUAAACAGCUUCAGACAGGUUUAAACAACUCCUUGACUAAUUCCUGAAUCCCUGUUCCAACCCCUCCUUGGGGAUGAUAGCUGUAAGAGGUGUUAGGGGAUUAGGCUGAAAAUGUAGGUCACUCUCCAGCCAUCUGGGAACAAGGAUGACUGAGAAAGGAAGAGACAGAGACAGAGACACGCCGGGAAAAGGCCAAUGGGAUAUGCAAAUGAUCCCCUUACCUCAUUGGCUGGAGGCCUGAGGACCACAGAUGACCUCAGAGAGCUGGCCCUUUAAGAGCGCCCUAUGGGUUCUGUGCCCACAGCCCCCUUGUUCUGAGCACAGGGGCACUAGUCCCUCUCAAUGAGGCCUCCAGUCUCUGGGGAAGCUGUGCCUGCCCAGCUGUGACACUGAUCACAUCAUCUCUGCUGUCCCUAAAGUGAGUAUGUCCCGGGUCUAACUGCACACCAGGCUUCUCACUUGGCACUGCCUCCUCUGACACCUUCUGUCUGUUCUCUGCUGUCUGUUUCUUGCUUUCAGAAACCCUCACACUUUUGUACCCCACCCCACUCCCUGUUUGACUGGCCUUAUGUCCCUCACAGCUAUCGCAUCAGUAAGAUAAACAACCCUCUCCACUUACCUCUUUUCUGUACAGCUGCUUCUGUCUGGACACCUGUUCAAUCAUUCUCUCUGUGUCUUGCCAUCUCCUUCUUGCUAAGGAUGAGUUCCUUAAAUCUGCAUCUUUGUUCCAUUCCCUCUGUCCUCCCAAGGGUGUGGGUCUCAAUAGAUAGGGCAGCAAGCCUUCCCUAGGACAGGAAGAGUGAAGGGACUUGUCCUUCCUCUCUCCUUUCUGGGAAGAGCCUGGGGGUCUGAGCUGUAGGUUGGAAAAAUGGCUACCCAGGCCUGGGCCAUCAAGAUAGAGCCAAACUCUAAGUUCUGGGGAUGAGCACUCCCUGCCUUUCCCCUUCUGGGGUUGGGUGUGGGGCUGUCGGGACUGGCUGGGCUAGAGCUUGAGACUUCUAAGCUGGAAAAGAUCUCCAAGGUCAUCUAGCUGGCGGUUCCUAACGUGUGCUCUAAACAUGUUUUCCACGGUUGAUAACAGGAAGGAGAGUUCCUUGGUGGCAUAAGUUUGGGGCACUCUGUGUUAAAGUUGAACAGAUGGUUUACUGAAGGACUUAGCUUAAUAUGCUGCUGUACUUGUGAAUCUGCAAGAGGUGGGCAUAGGAGGCAAUAUUUCUCAAAGUUAUCUGAGUGCGCAGACCUCUUCUUGGAUAUUUCUCAGAAUUAGUGUUCUGAAGAACACACUUUGGGAAAUGUAAAAGUUAACUGCCCUAUUUGAACAGAAUAACAAAUGGGUCAGAAAUGGAAAAGCAAUCUGCCCAAGUUCACACACCAUUGCAGGUUCUAAAGAGCAAGAGGAAAAUCAGCCUUGGUCAUUUCCCCUUGAAGAAGUUGGCCUCAGGCAACUAUGGUCACCACUCAGUCCUGGUCUUUCUAGAACUGAUUCUAGGACUUUUCUUUUUUUCUUUGGAAAGUCUCUUGCUUCUAUAAGUGAUUCACUACUUGAUUAAUUCACAGAAUAGAUGCACUCUGGGGGUCUUCUAUUUGCAAGGGCAAUACUGGCCUGGGUGCUUUGAGAGACAGACGUGUAUAACAACACAUUAUCCUUGAUAUCUUAAAAUUCACAACAUACAUGCCUUCCCACUGUCCUAAAAUACACACACACUCUGUCACUGUUAAUUAAGCAAAAAUUUUAAUUGCUUGGAAAUGAAAUAAUGCCUCCUGAGAUGAGAGAAGCUUUCAGCAAUGUCUCAGUACUAUGGGUGGAAGCACUGCCAUCUUGCUCUUGAAUUUCAGAGAUAGUUCCCAGAGGCACCAGUGGGACCAGGGGCUGUGCUGUCUUCUUCUUCUUUCUGUCCUUUAGGCUGCUUUGUCCCCAUCAGGAACCCCUGCCACCUGAAAAGUUGCAGGAAACAAGGAGGUGCUAACACUCUGGCUUUCUGGAACUCUGGCUCCAGGGCCCUUGGGCUUUGGGGGAAGCAGGUUUUGGUGACAGGUGCCAGCCUCUGGGUGCUCCAGACCUCUCCUCUUUUUUCCAGGUACACCCCUCCUAACUCAGCCCCAGAAUGGCACUGCCCCACAGUCCCCUUGCUAUGGAAUAUGUCAAUGACUUUGACUUGAUGAAAUUUGAGGUAAAGCGGGAACCCUCCGAGGGGCAAUCUGGCCCCUUCACAGCCUCACUGGGCUCCACACCCUACAGCUCAGUGCCUCCUUCACCCACCUUCAGCGAGCCAGGCACGGUUGGGGCCACCGAGGGCCCCCGGCCAGGCCUGGAGGAGCUGUACUGGCUGGCCACCCUGCAGCAGCAGCUGGGGGCAGGGGAGGUCCUGGGGCUGAGUCCUGAGGAGUCCGUGGAGCUGUUUCAGAGCCAGGGGCCAGUUCCUGUUGAGGGAUCCCACGGCUACUACCCAGGGAGCCCAGAAGAGACAGGAGCCCAGCAUUCCCAGCUGGCCGAGCGGUUUUCCGACGCGGCGCUGGUAUCGAUGUCUGUGCGGGAGCUAAACCGGCAAUUGCGGGGCUGCGGGCGCGACGAGGCGCUGCGGCUGAAGCAGAGGCGCCGUACGCUGAAGAAUCGCGGUUACGCACAGGCCUGUCGCUCCAAGCGGCUGCAGCAGCGACGCGGGCUGGAGGCCGAGCGCGCCCGCCUGGCUGCUCAGCUGGACGCACUGCGAGCAGAGGUGGCCCGCCUGGCCCGGGAGCGCGACCUCUACAAGGCACGCUGUGAACGGUUGACCUCGAGCGGUCCCGGCUCUGGGGACCACACCCAUUUCUUCCUCUGAGCCGCGGGGACGGGGCUGUGAGGAAUGGCGCGGGGUGGUGGAGUGGGUAGGUGGGGGCAACACCCUGGAGGCGCCUGCCCCAUUCACCAGAUGUUACCGGGCGCCUUCUGGGGCCCAGCACACCCUUGUCUGACCACACAAAUAUCCUCAAACUUCCUGAACCCUCAAAGCACGCCCAGAGAUUAGAUGCUGUCAUUUCCUGGGAGAAGGGUCUCUUGACCUCCUUUCCUUCCACAGGCCAUGCACAGAAAUCUCCACCUCUGCCCACAUGAUCUGGGGCCAGGGUCAGGCAGGGCAGAUAACACAGGGUGGUGGGAGUGGUGGUGAUGGCUGGGUGACAGUGAAUGGAAGGUGAAGGAGUGGUGCAGCUCCCCCCUCAGUUAAUUGUCUUUAAUUCAAGGUUUUCAGCCUGUAGUGUUUUAAGGCACCAAUUAGCAAUGAGGCUGUAUUUUCAUUCUGAGGCUGGUGACAUCCCCAUUUUAGGACAAUGCAUUUUCAAGAUUUUAAUUCCUAAUGGGAAGACAGUCUAGGAGGUCUUUCCAAGAGGCUUUCUCCCUCCCAGCAGCCCCUAGGGCCCAGAGCAGUGAAGGCCUAAGGAUCAUCAGUUCUGGAGGGGUGGGGGUGGGGGUUGGUGUGAGCUGAGAGGAUCCUGGGCAGGAGUCUGGAGACCCGGGCUCUAGGGGAUCCCUUUGUUACCUUGAGCAAAUCACUUGCUCUUUGGGCCUCAGCUGCCUCAUUUAAUCCUCAUUUGGAUUGGAUGACUUCUGACACCUUUCCAGUUCUGGCAUUGUCUGAUCCUAGUGUGGGAGCCCCAGGGCUUCACCAAGAAUGUCCGAAGAGGAUCUCACCAAAGGGACCUCCCUCCACUUCCAGACUGUGGUGAAAGCAUUGGGUGAGUGGCCCAGGUGAGGAAGCAUGGCUGCUCCAUGGGCUCACGCACUGGUCCUGGGCUACUUGCUCCAGGCCUCCGUGGCCUCCAGACCUGUAUAGGGUGCCCGGGUGACCUCCUACCUCUCCAAGGGCUGAGAUGAGACUUUUCCCAGGAUGAGAAGGAGCUGAGACAGUGCAGAUUUGUGAAUUAAAAUUGAAGUCCGGGUGAAACUCUUAAUGCUAUUGGCUCUCACAGUUAAAGAAGUGUUUCUUCUUUAUCCCUCCUCCAGGCUACUGUUUACUGCAUAUAUGUGUGUAUGUGUAUGUGAGUGUGUUGAAAGAGAGAGAGACAGGGAAACUGGGAAGCCUCCACCUGGAGCUGAAUGGCACAUCUGAGUUCUGGAAACCAAUGAAAAUGGGGUGGAAAGACAGGGAUUGGGCCAGAUGGAGGCUCCCCCCUCUCAUCGCGGCCAUGCAGAAAGAAGCCCAGGAACAGUUGCCUAGUCAUGCCUGUCCAUGGCUAUCUUUGAGGUCUCACAGUUGCCGUGGUAACCCAGCUCUCCCGGUUCAGCAGACUAAGUGGAGGGUGUGUGUGUGGGGAGGGACUCUGGGCAGAGCAGAGGCGUGGAGCUGGGAGCAGCUACCUCACUAACCACUGUCAUCUGUCAUCUGAGGGGCAUAAUAAAUGGGAGAAGCAGGCAGGUGGACAUGGGGGAAGAGACUCCCAUAUGUCUCUCUUCCUUUCUUCCCCCUGUAGCCACCCCCUCCCCAGCUGUCUCUUCUCUUCCCAUCACAGUUCUUAUUCCCUCCUCCCUGUCCUCUACCCUAGCUCAUCCCUCCUCCACCCAGGAGCCUGUGAUAGAAGUCCUCUCCUCCAGCUCCCUUGAAGUUUCUUUUUUUUCUCUA